AUGGCGAGCCAGAGGGAGAACGACGCCGCAGAGUAUCUCGACAAACACAAGAUUAUCGAUCUAAUGGACAACCUGAGCAGCAUGCUUUUGUUUUACAGACCUGAUAAUCCCAAAGAGUUUCUUAUUGAGCAGCUGGAGUUGUUGAAGAUGUGUCAGCAGAGCGGUGUAAAAGGACCGAAUCUGUUCAGCAUCUCCAACAUGGAUGCAGUGUUUGGGAUAAUGGACCCUGCUAAUCAAAAGUAUAUAACCUUUGCACAGUACAAGCAUGCUCUGACCAUGCUUGGCAUAAAGAAUAUUAAUGAAUGUCCCGAGGGAGUAAAUGAAGACAGAAUAUCCCAUGAGACAUUCAGAACAGAAGCGAUGGAAGGCCUGGAGAGAACUUCAGCAACAUAUGCACAACUGUGA